AUGGUUCAGCCAGGAAUAGCUACAGCGACAAAAGGUUCAGCUGAUAAAGUUGGGCAAGUUGGAAGUAAAACUGAUAACAACGAUUCGUCAAUAAAAAAUGAUGGCAACAAUAAAAAUUUUCAAGGUGAAGAGUCAGGAAAGCGACUCCAAUUUGAAGGAGUGGAUAAUGGUCCCUUUAGAGGAAGGUUUAGUCGUGAACUGAAAACUGGAGACUAUUACUUGAACAGUGAAUUAGUGGGAGUAAAUGAUAAAACUGGUGAUGUCUUUAUGAGACCAAUUAGUGAAACUAAAUCAGGCAGAAUGAUUCUUGAUGAAAUUCGACGACUAAAAAUUGAAUGCAAUGGACAAUUGAGAUACCAAGAAUUACAAAAGGUGUUGGACUGGACUGAGGAACAGGUUCCAGACACCUUUAAAAGCAAAGUAAUUGAAGACUAUCAGUCGACUGAGAAAUUGCUGAAUUUAGAAUUGAGUUAUUACUUUCGUGUGAAACUGAAAGGAUCUGACGAGAGAGGUUUCUAUUGUAACAAGAUUUCAAUGCAAAAAAGGCUCGAAAUGUUGUAUGAACAAUCACCAACAACAGAAACACCAGAAUCUGAGAUUUAUAACAUGGCAAAGGAUUUGAGAGUACAGGUUUUGAGGGUGGAUGAUCCAUAUAUCAAAUGUGUUCUUGAAGUUUUUGAUGCAGAUAUAAAUAAAGGAGAUGAAGCUGGUAUUUUCUUAGUGUGUGAAGUUGUGCGACAAGUGUUACGUGUGAAACUAGCAAAUUAUGUGACUCAAUUGAUGUUGAAGGAAUUCUCAGGAUUGGUGACUGCAACAGACUCAAAGUCAAUUAGAACAAUCAUGACUGAACUUCAGCAUGCACUGGAGCAAAGGGUUGAUCAUGGGCUUGAUUGUGCUAAUAAUCGUCUGAUGGGUGUUGGAUUUUCGUCGUUACAAGAGUAUCCAGUAUCUGAGUGGUUCACACCAGAGACAAGACCAACAAGAGUGUCAGCAGUUGUUGAAAACUUAAAGCGAGCAGUUCGGAACUAUGAGAAGGAUCAUAAACAGAAUACUGAGAUGUUCCCAGAUUCUUUAAUGAUGAAUGUUCUCUAUACUCAGCAUUUGGCUGCGUAUCAUUUAUGUUUAUCUAUGAAUGAGGUUUAUCAGCCUGAGUUGAAAGAGUUUCGAGAGAAGUUUGAGAGGACAAAAAGUACUGCAACAUUUUAUCGAGAGUUUCAUCCAAAGUACAGGAAGUUUUGUGAAGAAGGUAAUUUACCAGAGAAUUAUCCAAACCCAUAUAUUGCGUUUCUCAAGGAACUGACUAAGAUUUUUGAAAAGAAAGAAAGUGAGGGUUUUGAAGCCCUCAGAGAUUAUCCAUCUCCUUACUAUGAUGUGCCUGAUACUGUGAGUGCUGGCAUUGUAGUGAGGAAUGAUGCUCAAGUGCGCCAGGAUUCAACUAAUGGGGAAUAUGUGGUGUGCAAGAAGCUACAAGUUGGUAGUUCAUUGCCAGUGGGCCCAAGAGCAUUAAUGGUGGAAAAGCGACCAGCUGCAGAAGUUCGACCAAAGUCCGAAAAUGAGUCAACAAAGAAGGUAAACAAUAUUCAGUAUGUCUCAGCUGUCUUCCAAGUGAAGAUAGAUGAGCAGAAGUCAGAAAAGAAACCGUUCAGUGAAGUGUAUGGUGAUUUACCAACUGACAUGGCCAAGUGGACUGAAGAGCAGAUGUUUGAUGGUUUUGAAAAAUUACUUGAUGCGUUUCCAGUGGAUAAGUUUCUUAUGCCAUUGUUUAAACCUCAAGUAGAUUUCCUGGUUAGAAUGCAUGGCAAAGAUUGUGCUGAGCUUGAUGAAGUACGCAAGAUACUGAAGAGAGGAGAAUUUACUGUUACUAGUAGGGCAGGGAGUGACAAAGUUUUUGAGAAGAUCGGCUACCCGAAGUUUGGCCGCAAAUCACGAUACUCAAAGGCAGUCAGUACAGAGACAUCUGGUCCUGCAGAGAAAAUAGCAUAUAAAAAGAUGGUAACGAAGCCAGCUUUUAUCUCCGAAAAAGUGUCAUUUGUGGAUUCAAUGGAUGAUCUUUUAGCAUCAGGGUUUAGUGCUCCAACUAAGACAUCAGUCGAGAUUCCUGAGACUGUAUUAUUGUCUGCUGGACUUAAAUCGAGAGUGAAUACUGAAAGUGAUAUCAUCAAAACUAAAUACACAAAGCUGAGCUAUGAUAACAAGGAAAAAAGUGGAAUGGACUAUUUGAAGAGCCGUUUACUUCUUAUUGAUUCUGGCAGUGGUCGUCAUAUUUGUGGUGAUGACAGACUGUUCAUUCAAGGAAGUAUAAGACCUACCAAUGUGAAUGUGAUUCUGGGUGAUGAUGUGACGAAGAUACAUGCAUCAAAAGCAGGUGAUAUCUGGUUAGAUAAGGAUAAUGGAGUGAUGUUGCGCAAUGUUCUGCUGAUUCCUGGGUUUGAGCAUAUCGUGGUUGCACCCAUUUACCUCACCAGAACCUCUGGUAAGGACGCUGCUAUAGUAACGUCAAAGGUUGCCAGAGAAAACAAGAUUUGCAGUGAUGCAGACUCAUCUAUGUGGCUAAUAACGGGAUUGCUUACGAACAAACCGCGGGCAAAAGUUUUCAGAACCGUUAUUGUUCAGGAUAUGUCAUAUGCGUAUCUUGAUGAGUCGUUUACUGAGCGUCAGUUUGAAGAUCCAGAGUUUAUGAAGAGGUACAUGGUUAGUUAUAAGAGCGUGGAAGACUUUGUUGCAAAAGAGGGCAUGCUUGAGACAGUCAAGUUUGCUCGGGUUUCACUUGCGACUGAACUGCGCCGUACUGAACGUGUGAUUUCUGACAUUAUGAGCAUUCAUGAUAUAGCGCAUAUUAAUUAUGGAGCUAUUAUUGAUGGGCUGAAGAAUGGGCUUUAUCAAGUGUCUUAUGAUUAUUCUAAAGACCCUAGUUUGCUGGAAGGUAUUUUACCAAUGUUGCCGCAUUGUACCACUUGUCAUAUGAGCAAGAUGAAAGAUGUGUAUCACCCAUUAAGUGCAAAAGUGGUGAAGAAGCCUGGUGAUCAGCUGUCUGCUGAUUUAAAGGUGAAGUUGCCAAAAGGUUUGUACGGUGAAGAAAACGCAUUGAUCAUUGUUGACAAGUUCUCGCACUAUGUUUGGACGUUUCCAUUGAAGCAGAAGAGCGCUGCAGUGUUAGAGAUUGGUUACUUGGUAAGUCUUCUGGAAAAUCAGUUGGGGUGGAAGCCAAAGGUUUUGCGUACUGACAAUGGUGGUGAAUUUACUUCAAACCAGUUUGAAGCUUUUCUGAAAGGAAAAGGGAUUAUUCAUCAGUACUCAGUUCCGUAUGUGCAUCAACAUAAUGGUAUUGCUGAGGCUAAUAUCAGAGUUGUUUUCUCUUAUGUGAGAGCUGCGCUUCAUGCGUGUGGUGGUCAUCAUGCGUUUUGGCCGUACUGCAUGCAGUAUGUAGCUUUUGCUAUGAACAAUCUGAUUCCUAGAAAUAUUCUCAUUUACUCUGUUGAUGUUGACGGUAAUGAGGUUGUUACGCGUAAAGUCAUGGUUGCAGAACAAGUAUUGAGUGGCAGAAGGGUAAGGACAGAUGCUUGUCCUCCUUUUGGUUGUGAUGCUUCUAUUUGGAUUCCAACAGAUCAGCGUAAGCCGGGUACAACGCUGGAGCCACGUGCUGUUUCUGGUAUAUUUUUGGGACAUCCACAGGGCCGCCCUGGUGGCUUGUUCUUUUGCCCAAGCAGAAACCGUGUUGUGGUUGCUCAGUCGUUCAAGGUUUAUCGUGAGAGUUUCUCUCAGAUGGCAUUGUGCAAAAAUGGUACAUAUAAGUUGGAUGACCAUAUUGGGAAUUUUAUGGAUGAAGUUGAUUGUGAUGUGGUUUUUGAGCCUGAGUCGCAGUUGGUUUCUGAUGUAGAAAUGACAGAUCCAAUGUCAGUUCCAGAUGUGAGGAUGGCAGAUCCAAUGCCAGUUCCUGUAGUCAUCCCUUCUGCGCCAGCCAGUUACAAGCAGCCUAAGAGAAGUCUUAUUGGUAUGGGCAUAAAGUCGUCGUCGCAGUUGCCAUCGUCGAGUUUCUUUGGAAGCAAUCCUGUUUCUAGGAGGCCUGGAGGAGAUACUGUGCUGAAGCAGCGUGGAGGAGAUGGUGUAGUUGGAGGGUCUGGAGGAGCACUAAUUGACAAUGCUCAACAGAGUCAAGAAACUACUAAAAAGCCAGAUCCAUUGGUGAGUGAUUUCCCUGCGGUGCUAAAGACUUCAAAGCCUGUUGCUGAAAAUCCAUUUAAGCAGAUUGAGUUUGUGCGUCUUCCUGGCUCCAAUGAGCUAAGAGCAGUGCAGAAGGAUAUUCCUGAUGUUGCUGUUAAUGAUACAACUCGUGUGCUUGGUAACGUUGCUAAUGCCGUUACUGAUAUUGGUGUUCCAUCUGUGUUUCAUGCAUUUGAUCCGGAAACAUUGUCAUUUCCAUCUGAAGUGAGUAAAAAGCGAGAGUCAGCAUUGCUGGCGAUGCCUCAAACUCAUGUGCAAGAGGUGGCAAAUACUGAGGAUUUGGUGCAGAGGAAGCAUGGUAAGGCAGUUGAUAGUACUAUUAGUGGUAUUGUUGAUGGUGUCGUUGUUGGAGCAGAUGCUGAUAUUGGUGAUGGUGUGAGUAAUUUUUCUGCUCCAGUUAUGGUUUUGCCAGCUGGUGAAACAGAAGGUAGUGGUAGCGUGGAUGUGGGUGACGAGGUUGCGCCGUUAUCGUCGAACAUGGCUGAACAGAUUUUAUCGCCGUUGAUGAACAGUAGCGAUCAGCUUGUUGCUAAUGCUGCUGUUGGAGGAGGUGAAGGUGUUCAGGCGAGUUUGAGUAAUGGUGUAAUAAAUGGGUCUCCUGCGUUGAGUGUGAAUGCUUCUGCUGAUUCAGAGUCUGAUGAUGAUUUAUUUGAAAGUGCGGUUGAAGGUGAUGAGGAUGAAGGUAUGGAGGAGGAUAUAGACUUGUUGCCGAAGUUAGUGAUGGAGCUGGAUGAACAAAGAAGUGAUGAGAAUGAGGCCAACAUUUAUGCUGAAGUUGAAGAGAAUCCGUUGGCUGAGCAAGAAAUGAAGAAGGAAGAAGUAGAAGAGAGGACUAAAAGUAUUCUCAAAAGAAAAAGAGUCACUAAUGAGAUCAAAGAGCAAGAGUCUAGAGAAAAAGAAAAACACGAGUCUAAAGAAAAAGGUAGGCAAGAGUCUGAAGAAAAAGGAAAACAGGAGUCUGAAAGAAAGGAGGACAGUGGUGAGGAAGGAGAAGAUGUGCCAAAGGUAAAGAGAGGUCGUGGUAGGCCCAAAGGAAGUACUAAAAAGACUGUGUUGGAUAAAAUCGAAGAAGCAGCAAGAAUUGGAAAAGAAACUGGUGAAGCUGCGAGAGUGCUGCGAAGAUCGUCGAGGUUAGAGAAAAGUGCACGAAGACCGGACUUUGUGUAUGAUGAUGAGACUGAUGAUGAAAGAAUAAAAAGAGAGAUGCGAGAGAUUGUGGCACUGCAUAAAGAAAUUGAGAAAGAGAAAGAGGAGGAAGAAAAGGAAAGAAAGAGAAAGGAAUUUGAGAGAGUAGGAAAUUUUAGUGCUUGGAUUGAAAGGGUGAAGAAAAUUGAAGGGAAAGGUUGGAUUAAGGACCCGAAGAAGCCGUUGAAGGAAAAGCGUGGUAGGAAGCCUCUGGCUCAAGGUGUUGAAAAAGUGCGAAUGGCAAAGCCUUUUAUUCAGGAUGUGGCUGGUGGUGAGCUGUACGAGCAGUUCAGAGAAUCAUGUCUUCCAGAAAUUGGAGAUCUUGAUGCUGAAAUGGUACCGAUACCCAUUGCUGUGUAUGAUGAAAAAGGCAAAUACAAAGAGCAUUGGCUUUGGGCUAGAAAAACUGAAAUUAUGGCGCUUUACCAGAAAGGUACUUUUAUGGGUGUUGAAGAAGGUUUUGACAUGACUGGGAAAACGGUGAUUGAUACUAUGUGGGUUUACUCAUUGAAGACUAAAGAAGGGAAAGUCAUUUUAUUUAAGGCUAGACUUGUUGCGCGUGGCGAUAAGCAAGUUGAUGGCAUUGACUUUAAUAUUAUCUCGUCUCCAACAUUGGGUGUUGAGAAGCUUAGAAUGGUGUUUGCAACAGCAGCUGUUAGAGGUUAUCACAUACACCAACUUGAUAUCAAGUCUGCGUAUUUAAAUGCGGAUGUUGAUGAAGAAAUCUACGUCAAAGUUGAUAUUCCUGGUGAGGGCCGGAAGAUUUUUAGGUUGAUUAAGAAUCUGUAUGGACUUCGUCAAGCGCCGUUAAACUGGUACAAUCAUCUGAAAGGUACUCUUGAGUCACUUGGAUUUAGGGAGUCAGCUGAAUGCCCAAACACAUUUACACGUGGGUAUGAUGCAAAUUUGGUGAUUGUUUUGGUCUAUGUUGAUGACAUUCUGGUGAUGGGAGAAGAUGAAGAGGUGAUUGGCAGCACUAAAACGGAGAUCUUGUCAGUUUAUGAAGGAAAGGAUUUUGGCAGAAUCAGCAAAUUCUUGAACAUGAAUGUGACUUACGAUCUUGAGCAAGGUGUGGUGACAUUGGACUUGCAUGAGAAGAUUGCAGAAUUGAAUAGCAUGGUGCGUAAGUACAACAUCAAGCCGAGCAGAUCUCCCAUGGUCUUGAGCUUUCGGGAUCGUCCUGGAACAAAGCCUGGCCAAGAAAAACGGGAAAUCGGUGAGUUGUUGUCAGCCCCAAUGGUUGCUGACUAUCGUCAUAUGGUUGGAAGACUGCGCUAUUAUGCAACUGUUUGUCGUGUGGACAUUGUUGAUGCAGUUCGGAAAGUGAGUCAUUUUCUGAAUGAAGCAACCAUGGAGCACUUUGAGGCUGUCAAGAAGCUUGUUGGGUAUGUGGUCAGUACGCCGAAGCGUGGUUUGAUUUUUAGACGGGAAAUGGAUAAUCUUGUGUGUUACACUGAUGCGAGUAGGACAACAGUUGGAAAAGAUGUGGUCGGCGUGAAAGCAUUUGUGAUCCUGUAUGGUGGUGCUCCAAUCUGUUGGCUGUCAAAGCGAAUUGAUAUCAUCAUUAGAAGCAUUCGGGAUGCUGAGUUGACUGCAGUGAUUGACUGUUUACCUAAGGUCAUUAAUACUCGCAUGUACUUGCAUGCAUUGAAGAAUUCUUACCGAAGACCUGUGGAGAUUCGUGAAGACAAUAGUGCACUGGUGCAGAAUCUGACUGGGCAAAAGGAAAUUGAGACAAUGUAUUUGAAAGAAAACUACGAUCAAAUCCGAGCCUCAAUUGCUGAUAAGACCAUUACGAUUCAACCAGUGAGAACUGAUGAUCAGUUGGCAGACUUUCUGACUAAGGCUUUUACGAAUGAUGGCUUCAUGAAGGCAAUUACUAGGAUUCAAGUUGGUGAUGGCUAUGAUGGCUGGCUGCAUGAGAUGAAGCGACUGAAAUUGGAUAUGGUGAUGGCAAAGUUGAAUUGA